UUAUCCGAUGUUGUUGCCCAAGCUUAACUUCGAUCAUUCAUCUUCCUGCCAUUAAAAGAACAAUACUCACAUAUAAUCAUGUCGCAUUUCUGAAUUUGGAACGUGUUCACCGGCUGUUCGACUAUGAUACUAAGAUGGAAGCGACGCAUCCAACUGCCGGUUGGGAGAAGGUAGGAGAUAGGUUUUACCGCAAGACUCAGCUGUAUACCGCAAUCUUCGACCAGGAUCUUGACUUGGAUAACUAUAUCGUCGCUGGAGCUCCAUAUGGCGGUGCCAUAGCAAUAUGUCGAGAUGACACCAAGAUCAUCUCUUACCAGCCUUCCAAAUCGUCAAAGCCCAGCAUUGACAUAUACAGCUGUGCUGGUAAACUGUUAAAAAGCAUCGCCUGGGAUAAAGGAUCUAUCAAAGGCCUUGGUUGGUCUGAAGACGAGAAGCUUUUGGUUGUGAGCUACGAUGGGACUGUGAGAUGUUAUUACAACCUGCAAGGGGAUUUUACACAAUUCUCUCUCGGCCGCGAGGCUGAAGAUUUCGGCAUUCAUUCAUGUCGUUUCUAUGACCAUGGUAUGGUUGCUUUACUCACAAACAACGCCCUCAUAUCAGUAUCCUCAUACGACGAGCCACGGCCAAAAACGCUCGCGUCGCCACCAGAAGGAGAAGUUCAUGCUUGGGCUAUUAUCUCGCCCAGUUUUACGUUAUCGAGAUCGGUGGAGGUACUAUUGAGUAUCGACAAGACGGUUUAUACUGUGGAUAAAACUGAAUGCGAAGAUCGAUUCUUAGACAUUGGUCCAUUUUCGCACAUCAGUGUAUCCCCAAAUGGGAAGUUUGCGGCACUCUAUGCUGCAGAUGGAAAAGCUCACGUGAUCACCGCUGAUUUCCAGAGUCGGUUGAGUGAACACGAUUCCCGAUCUCAACUUACUCCUAAAUAUCUGGAGUGGUGCGGAAACGAUGCAGUUGUUAUAGCAUGGGAGGACGAGGUGAAUGUUGUAGGGCCCAAUGCUGCAGUAGCAAGCUACGUUUACGAAGGCCGUGUCCAUGUAAUUGCAGAUCACGAUGGUGUUAGGCUUAUCACUAAUGACGUCUGUGAUUUUAUCCAGAAAGUGCCGGACGUUAUAGAAGAAGUGUUCCGCUACGGCAGCCAGUCGCCUGCUUCCGUCUUACUCGAUGCUGUAGAGCAGCUUGAGAACCAGUCUCCAAAGGCUGAUGAUAAUAUCCAGCUUAUUAGGCCUAAUCUCGUUGAAGCUGUCGACACUUGUGUUGCUGCUGCUGGAUAUGAGUUUAACAUCCAUUGGCAGAAGCAACUUCUCAAGGCUGCCUCGUUCGGAAAAUCGGUGCUUGAUAUCUACAACAGCGACGAUUUCGUGGACAUGUGCGAAACCUUGCGAGUAAUUAAUGCUGUAAGAUACUACGAAAUUGGCCUGCCCUUAUCUUAUGAACAGUUCCAACGCCUCACUCCUGAGGGGCUUAUCCAAAGACUCAUCAAUCGCCAUGAAUAUUUACUCGCACUUCGUAUUGCCGGGUAUCUUCGUUUACCUACAGAUCGUAUAUACGUUCACUGGGCAUCAGCUAAAGUCCGAAUGGGCACGGAAGACGACGACUCAAUCUGCCGAUUAGUUGUAGAGAAGCUUUCAGGCAAGCCAGGAAUCUCAUUUGAGUCCAUUGCCCGCGCCGCCUACGAUGAAGGUCGUGGCAGACUAGCAACAGAGCUUCUAAACCACGAGCCUCGCGCGGGACGACAAGUACCGCUCCUCCUCAGCAUGGAGGAAGACGAGAUAGCUCUUGACAAGGCGAUCGAAAGUGGCGACUCCGAUCUAAUUCUGUUUGUACUUCUUCAGCUGAAAAAGAAGCUCCCAUUAGCAUCCUUCUUCCGUGUAAUCAACGCACGGCCCACGGCCACUGCUCUCGUAGAAUCAUCGGCGACGUUGGAGAACGAUAAUACAUUGCUUAAGGAUCUAUACUAUCAAGAUGACCGUCGGGUGGAUGGUGCCGGCGUGUUCAUCCGCGAGGCAUUGCGCCAGUUCGAUGCACGCACAGCGGGCGACAAGCUAACACUCGCCGCUAAAUUACUAUCCGAUUCGAGAGAGAACCACUUCGAGCUGGCAGCCUUGAAGGAAGCAGCAGCGCUUUUACGCAUGCAAGAAGCCUUAGACCGAGAUUUGACGGACACGUUUACUGGCUUGAGUGUCAACGAGACGUUGUUCAAGUUGAUUCGUCUUGGCUACCAUAAUAAGGCCAAGAAAGUCCAGAGCGAAUUUAAGGUCCCGGAGAAGGUGGCCUGGUGGACCCGGCUACGCGCGCUUGUCGCGAAGCGAGACUGGAACGAAAUCGAGGACAUCGCUAAGAGCAGAAAAAGCCCGAUUGGGUGGGAGCCCUUCUUCAACCAAAUCUUACAAGCGGGCAACGCUCGCCUCGCGGCCGUCUUCAUCCCCAAGUGCACGAACCUGGAACCCGGCGCCGCUAUCACCAUGUACGAGAAGUGCGGCAUGCGCGUUAAGGCCGCGGAGGAGGCCGUCAAGGCGAAAGACGCUGAUGCGUGGACAAGGCUGCUUGAGGCGGCUGGGAAAAACACGCCGGAGGGGAGAGAUAUCGAGAGGUUGGGAGCUCAGGUGUUUAAGAAGUAAAUUUGUUAGGAAGAUCGAGAAAUCGCUUGCGGAAGUUAGUACGAUAGGUAGGGGUUAGUCCUUAGAGAAGGUAGAUAAUUAUAUUCAUUGCUACGGCAUCAUUUUGAA